AUGUUCCAGCCCAAGAUGCGACUCGCCGAGGAGAAAGACGUGGACCAGAUUACCCAGGUCUUCCUCACGGCCAUGCAGGACGACCAAGACCUUUUCCGCAGCUUCAUUUCCCCAGAGUACGACGACUGGUCAGUUGUGAUUGUCGAGGUUCUGGAUGAUGCCCAGGCGUGGCGCAUCGUCGCCUUUUCCGCGUGGGACAUUUCCUAUGUCAACAAGCGGGUUCAUGGGCCUGGAUACAUCCCGAACUCUCCACAGAACGACACCCGCAAAGCUGGCCACAGCCGAAGGGACACCGACCCCAAGCACCUGGCGGCCUUCCAGGCAGCCCUCAAAGAGAGCAACCAAAAGUACUUUAGCCAGUUCGUUUCGGACUAG